AUAAACAUCCUCUGCUCGGUGUUGAUUGAAGUCACGUGAUUUGAUGUGCCAUCUGGCGCACGCACGCCAUUCACCAUCUCACAGCUGUCACAUGACAGUCACGUGACACCUCCAGCAAUCAAUGCUGGCCCCGCCCACUGAGAGGAUUACCUCCAGUGGAACAUGGAGAAGGUCCAUGGAAAUGAAAGCUCCAAUAUGUGUGUGUGUGCGUGUGUGUGUAGUUGAGAGAGGCAGGCUGGGGGUGUGGGGGUGGGAGGAAUAAAGAGAAAACAGUUGGACUCAGAGAGCAGCCGUGCUUGUCGCUCCUCUUCCUCCUCCUCGUCCUUCUCCUCUCCAUACUGACGGAGGAGUGCUUGUAGCGGCCAUGGCAAAGACGCGCCUGUUGUUCGAGUACUCGGAGGCGGAGGACCGCAGCAUCCGGCUGGGAUUGUUCCUGAUGGCGUGCGGUGUGUUGAGUCUCUUCAUCCUGGGAUUCUGUUGGCUCAGCCCCGCUCUGCACAGCCUGCACAGCAAGAGCGCCAACUGCACCGUGGUGUCGGUGUUGCGUGCGGAGGAAACGUUCGCGUGCGUGUUCACGUGCGGCGCAGCCUGCAAGGGGACGUCGCUGUAUCCAUGCCUGCAGGUCUUCGUCAACAACUCUGAGUCGUCGACCUUAGCGCUGCUGCACUUUGACGAGCACCAGCUGCUCCUCAACCCCAAGUGCUCGUACGUGCCGUCAUGUGAGCGCGACAACCAGAAGAACCGCGAGAGCGUGCUGCGCUGGGAGGAGUACUUCAGCCGGCAAGUGUCGGGUCAGAGCUUCACGUGCUUCUUCAACCAGCACAGGAGGCCUGACGACGUGCUGUGGCGGCGCUCGCACGACGCCAGCGUACUGCUGCACUGCAUGCUGUGGCCCGUGGCGGCGCUGCUGCUGGGCGCGCUCAUCGUGCUGCUGACCGUGUGUGCGCACUCCCUCGCCAUGCGCGCGGAGGAGCUCCAGAGCAGGAAGUGCACCUACCGGCCGUGCCGGGAGGUGGCAGUGGCGACGACGACCCGCAAGCCCUCGGACACAAACUCUGACCUCGAGCUGCUGUCGCUGUCCAGGCCGCUGUUCUACGUGCGCCGCCGCGAGCGAGAACAUUAAAAUGCAGGUGGAGCAGACAGGAAGUGGCGGUGGCUUCCUGGCGUAGCGCUCAAAGAUAUAGCGUCACAUGACCCUUUAAUCACCUGUCCUUGUAGCGCUUCAGUGCAUUCAUGUUUGAACUCAGGUGACUUCCUGUUGGCUCCGCCCUCUUUCUGCACCAUGUGACCCAGGUAGCAGCUUGCAGUGCCUCACACGCCUUUGAAUAAAAGCCUUCAUCCGUCGUCUUCUCUCAGUCGCACAGGAAGCGAGCGGGGGCGAGGGGGGAGAGGGGGGCGGGGCUUGUACACACGUGCACUUGCAGGCAUGAUGAUAAGUGAAGUACUUUAGUAAAAUAGUGCCAUGUGUGCAUGGACAAGCCGGUGGGCGUAAACAGGCAGUAUGUACAUAAGUAGCACUUUUAAAUAGGAGUGAGAUAUCAAUUCAUAAAAUAGAAAAAUAAACGUCUCUUUCCUUGCUAGCUAGAAGCGGCGUCUUCAUCCCGCUAGCUUGUGCACGAGCAGCGCCCCCGUGUGGACCAGCUCUGGAAGGCAAACAAGAGCAGGAUGUGGUCACAUGGUUGCCAUGGCGACGGCAGGAUGCUGGCACGGCGGGGGCUUCUUACCGCGGCACAAGUCCGGGUUGAAGUUCUCGUAAAGCGGGCCCUCCUGCUGGCUGCGAUGCUUGCGGGCUCUGAGGACAUCACGGACACACUGGUGCAGGAAAGCGUACUGAUUCUGCCGCAGGAAGAAAACACGCUCAGCUAUAACGAGGCAUCCGGAGGGGGUUGGGGGGAUUCUCACCUCGGUCUGGACCAUGUGCUGGCGGUGCAGGCGCAGGUCGAACACGCAGCCGUACAGGUCCACGCUUCCUUUGGCGUCCAGCUGCUGCAGGGCCCGAUCCAACGCGAUGAAGGUC